AUGCCUAAGUUUUGCCUAAAUAGGAUUAGGCCCCUAGUUCGGGUCCGAUCGCCGCCUACACAAUCCAAGAAUGAGGAUAAUUCGACGACGAGUGGCGACGAGAGGAAAACAGAAGAGUUUUCCGGCGUCGAGAAGGGUAUGUCUGGCGAAGGAGUCGAUAAAUCGAGAGCGAUCGGUGGCCGGAAAGUGAUGGUUGUGGUCGAUUCGAGUAUGGAGGCUAAGAAUGCAUUGCAAUGGGCACUUAGUCACACAUUGCAAAAUCAUGACAUUUUGGUCCUUCUCCAUGUCAUUAGGCCUUCAAAACAAGGUGAUCAAUCAACUAUGGAUACUAAAGUACCUGAGUUCAUCAAUACCAUGAAAACUUCAUGCCAAGUUAAGAGGCCAGAGGUGGUGGUUGAGGUGGCGGUGGUGGAAGGGAAAGACAGAGGGGCGGCCAUAGUGGAGGCAGCCGGGCGGGAGGGGGCAGCAUUGCUAGUGGUCGGGCAGAAGAAACGGUCGGUGACAUGGCGGCUGAUGCUGAUGUGGACAGGGGCCGGGCGGGGAUCGGCUGGCGGUGUGGCCGAGUACUGUGUACAGAAUGCAGGCUGUAUGGCAAUUGCUGUGAGGAGGAAAAGCAAGAAGCUUGGUGGCUAUCUCAUCACUACCAAAAGGCAGAAGGACUUUUGGCUCUUGGCAUGA